AUGACGUCUUCAUCGACUCAACUCCGGUCAAGGCUGGUUGGAGCUGAUCGGUUUCCUCUCGGAGAAGGAGAAUCUAAUCAAAGAAAUGUGUCUCUCAAAUGCUUCUCCGGUGGUUAUAAGAUUCUCCGAUUUCAAAAUAUCAUACUUGACGGCCUCCACACACAGGCCGCAAAUCCAUUUGCCAUUGUACUAUCCCCAAAUCUGAGAAAUGUAAGCAAUUAUAUUCCCUCUUUGAUCCUGUUCCAUGGGCUCGGAAGUUGGAGCAGCAGAACCUAUCAUAACAAGAAAUUGAUGUUCUUGAACAGAAUUUUCUGUCAUAUAUGUAGCAAGAUCUGCUCCAAUGAGGAGAUUGAUGUUGCACAAUCUGGGCAGUCUCUUUUAAACCUUGUUAUCACAGUGGAUGAAUCAAAGAUUGAUAAAGAUCUUUUGAAGCGGUACUUUGCAGAACAUCACCAUGAUAACCUUCCCGACUUUGCUGAUAAGUAUGUGAUAUUCCGGAGAGGCAUUGGACUUGAUAAGACUACUGAUUACUUCAUCAUGGAGAAAGUGGACAUGAUUAUCUCCCAUUUAUGGGGAUGGAUUAUGAGAAUAACAAGGACAGAAAAGCUUUUUUCUAAAAAAAACCCAUUUACGGAGUUUGAUGAACGAGCAAGCACCAAAGGAGAAAAGGAAAGGGGAUUCCAUGUGAAGCAUUUCAAAAACAUCCCAAUGGCAGAUAUGGAAAUAGUCCUACCGGAAAAGAAUAAUCCUAGUUUGACCCCUAUGGACUGGGUGAAAUUCCUCAUAUCUGCUGUUGUUGGGCUGGAAAGGAAAACUACAGGACUUGCAUGGUUAGGAGGCAGGGGCAUUUCGGGCUACAUGAAGUUGAGUGUUAGGAAUUUAGUGACGAGUUGCUACCCAAGUAAUAGGGAUCUGCAACGUACAAUCCAUAUGUCAAUCCCAUGUAGAUGGCCAACAACAAAAUUACACCACACCUUCACCAAUAAUAGACUUAGUUUCAAAGGGUAUUUACUAGCCAAUAAAAUCUUUAGGACUUCUUUUUUAUUGACCAAGUCAACAUGUCUAUUUGCUUACCAUUAA